AUGUUUUAUUACCCGACAGUUUUGCAGCGACAUUCAGGAUGUUUCUCUACAAUCUGGCUCGUUGCUACAAAAGCCUUCAGAGUUCCCCGCCGGGAUUUCUUAAAGGUCAACGUCAAGAGCACCUGUGAUGACAUCAUGAACUACGUGCUGGAGCAGGUCGCGCCCCCCCGGCCCGGUCUGCCGCGGCCUCGCUUCUCCCUCUACCUCUCCUCCCAGCUCCAGUACGGCGUCGUGGUCGUCUUCCACCAGCAGUGUGUUAUUUUCCUGGAGGAACUUCAGACCGUUGUGGGCCAGCUGACCAAACAGAAAACCUGCCGGAAAAUCGACAUGGAUGGAGACAGCAGACCAGCUGUGGACGCUGCUGACGCCCUGUCUCUCCUGGAGGAGGCAGAAGGAGCUCCUGACCCGUUAUUCGGAGUGAUGUACAUGCAGGAGCCCGUCCCCAGUCCCAACACACUGUUACAGAUGAGUCGAGAGUACCUGAGAGAAUCGUCUCCUCAGCAUCCGGAGAUGAGUCCGACUCCAAGUGCUGCUGCGGUAGAGAGCGGCAUAACUGCGUCUCCGGACAGCAUCACUCUGAGAGAGGCGGAGCCCGACGCCAUCCCGCUCGCGGAGUUUGAGGGCGAGGAGCUCAUCGAUCAUCAUCCAGACACCCUCGACUUGCUCAUGGCCCAAACAGAUGACUUUCCGGAAGAGGGUUUCGAGAUGCAGGGAGGGGAAGUGACACCGGGAGACCAAGAGAGGGAGACGGAAAAGGGCCGAAGAGACAAAGCCCCGGAGAGAGACGGAGCGAAAGAGCUCCCAGGGUCCCCUGUAGAAUCACAGCCCACCACCUCUUCUAGCGAGGACGCCAUCCCGACGGCUCAGGAGGAGUCCAACCUACCCGGGGAGAAGCCUGGACCCCCGUCGGACCAGGUCACCCCCGUCUCCGGGGCCGCCGUCCCGUCCCGAGGAUCGCCGCCGCCGUCAGAGGAUGAGCCUCCUGUAAAGGUGAGGGCGAAGAGGAGGAGGCAGCUGAUCUUCUUCGACUCGGAGACGCAGAUCAACCCGGAGGUGCUGCAGCAGCAGAUCAACGACCCUCUGAUUGAGACCGCACCACCGCUUUACCCCCCGUCGCCUUCCCACGCGAUGCCCUCUCCCGCUGAGCUCUUCAACAGUCCCUGCAGCGUCUUGCCUGUACCGGCGCUGUUUCUAUGGAGACGGGCCGCAAACAUCCACCCUGCCUCAGGCGCGGACCUCCGGGUUGGGGAGCGGGAGGCAGAGUCCAGCGGUUCUGAAAAGGAAAGAGAUCCAGAGAUGAUCCAGAUGCUGAGAGCUGAGGCACUCAAGGGGAAGGAGGUCCCCCGAGAUGUGGCCGAACCAGUAUUAUUUAACAUUUCAGAGCAUGGCUCGCUGCUGCUGGAGGCCUCCGACCAAAGGGAGACGUCUCGAGAGAUCUCCCCCAUGUACGCAUCGGAGAAAGAAGGCUCCACUAUCUCCAGGUCUGCUUCUGCACUGCGGGACAUCCCAGAGGCGAUGGACGAGUUGCCGGGGAUCGCCGCAGCCGAGGCUUCUGGGCCGCUGCCGGAUUUUCCCAUGCAUGAAAUGGCACCUGUGGGGUUCUGGUCUCUUGUGCCGCCGGACGCCGACCGCAGGACCGUCAGCAACUCCUUUCAGAGGCUCCUGGAGGCGUUAUCGGCCAGGCGUUUGCGGGUGGAGCAGGACGAGCCUUACGGGGACAUGCUGAUAUUCCCUGGAACCAACUACGAAGAUGUGCAUGUGACCAUCUGAGCCCCCCCCCCUCCCACCCAGGUCUCCGAACAGAAAACCAUCGCCUCACCGUUCAGUCUGAUAGGAGGUCAUUUCUGCUUCCCCCAGUUCACUUCGUCAGAGCAAAAAGAAAUCGUGAUUUAAACAAUGUGACAACAAUGAAAACGAUGAGUCAGUGGGUCAAAAUGUUCUAACUGAUCACUUCACAAUUCUUUUUAAUGCUGUUUUGUUCAAACGCGUUUGAAAUGAUUUCUGUUUUUAAUACUUUUUGCCUGCGACUUCCUAUGAACUCUCCAAUAAAAUCUUGAUAUGA